CGGUCUCCGCCGCUCCAAACCCGCACGUCUCCGCUCCAUACCAGCAUACCGUAUCUUGAAUCUUCUUCGCCCAGGUCUCCGCCCUCCCGCCCCGCCAUGGCCACGACGACGGGCAUAGCGCCGGCGACGGCGCACCAGUCGGAGGCCACAGACGGCUCCCGGGCGAGCGCGCCGCGGGUCAAGGGGUUUAUCCGGCGGAUGAUGCCUCGGGGCCAUUACUCACCUCUGGGCGCCGAGCACGAGCGGGGGGCAGCGCCGUCCGGAAGGGCUCCCGAGAUGAUGGCGCCACCGGCCGCUUCCGACGGCGCGGAGGAGAAGCCGCGUCGCGGGUGGCUGCGGCGGCUGGCCUCGCAUGAGGGCGCGCCGCGGCGGUGGAAGAGCCUCGGCGGCGCCGGCGCGUCGAGGCGGCUGGCCUCGCUGUCGCGAUCGCUGCGCUGGAAGCGGCUCUCCGUGAACCUGAGGGGCGGCUGGGCGUCGGCGCUGCUCGACACCGUCGCGUUCCGCUUCAUGUACGUGCUGGAGGCCGUCGUGCUCGGCCUCGCGCUCUCCUGCUUCUUCUGCUGCUGCGGCUGCCAGAUAUGAAUGAUGCUUUUUUUUUUUUUUUUUUUUUUGCUCUGCCCCCUUCCCACGAUUCCUGCUGGAACCUCUGCUUGCCAUUGGGCGUGCAAUCUUCCUGGCUUUUUUUUUUCCGCUGGUGCUUAUUUAUCCUGUAAAUUACGUAAUCCUGCUAUAGUUCUGUACGAAGAGAAAACUUUGCA